AUGCAUUUGAAAACUGGAUUAAUAUUUUUGAUCAUUUGCCUUGCUCUUCAAGUUCAGGGAAGCAGAGAAACCCCUAAUAAACUAAACCGUGGUGAAGCCAAACAUCUUGCAGAGGCCUCAGGCUCAGACAAAACAGAAAGAACAACAAAGAGGUCCAGAGUAUCAACCAUAAGGCGGAUAUUUGAUAUGGCAAAGCACCGAACAAAGAGGUCAUCCUUUUUCUCAACUGGUGUGAAAGUUUGCCCACAAGAAUCAGUGAAGCAGAUUUUAGCAAGCCACCAAGCUUACUAUAGAUUAAGAGUCUGCCAGGAAGCUGUAUGGGAAGCCUUUCGUAUUUUUCUGGACCGGAUUCCUGAUACUUCUGAAUAUCAGAACUGGGUUACUGCCUGCCAGAGGGAAACUUUCUGCAUAUUUGACAUUGGCAAAAACUUCAGCAACUCCCAAGAGCACCUGGAAAUAAUCCAACGGCGAGUAAAACAUAGAACCUUCCAGGAAAGGAAAGAUGAAAUAUCCACAGAGAAAACAGGUGGCAAAAAGCUAGAAGACAUCCCUUCCAUUCCUACAGGCGUCCCUGGCACAUCCAUGACUCCAUAUGUAACUGCACCCAAUGGCACAUUGCUCAACGAAAUUGUUAAUGACACGAAGAUUCCUGUGAAGGAGCUGGGAACAAAUACAGUCCCAGAACUGCCUGUGGAGCAAAUGGUAGAAUUCAGUGUCACUCUCACUGAUCAGGAGUACACAGCUGAACUUAAUGAUCCCAACUCCCCACAGUACCGACAACUAGCUGCCAAAUUCCAGCUGCAGAUGCAAAAAAUAUUUGAGAAACUUCCAGGAUUCAAAGAAAUCCACGUAUUAGGAUUUAAACAGAAGAAGGAGAAAGAUGGAUCAAGCAGUACUAUAGCACGUUAUGUGGUAAACUUUGAGAGAGAUGGCUCAGAAAUCAAAAGCACAGCAGGUGACAUCUCAACUAUUGGAUCUAAUAAGGUUGAAAAUGAAAAAAUUCCACUUUCUCCAAAAGAAGAGAGGGAGAUAUCAGCAGCUAAACUCACAGUAACAGACCUCCAGCAACUGGUUGCCAUAGCACUCCACGAAGACCAGUCCCUGCCAGUGGACCUCGGAACACUUCAGUUUACUGAUGAAUCUGUUGUACCAUCUAUAGAUUUUGAUAAUGAUAUCCAGGCCAUGGUCACUAUUCCUCUGGCAGGCCCUGAUUUGGAGGACUCCAGGAGUGUGGAACUCCCACUGGGCUACCCCAGCCCAGCAACAGCGGACCAAACAGGAGACAUCCUGUUCAACGAAUUUACAACUGGAAUCCCUGUGCAAAGUGGAGACAUCAGUGACCCUGAAGACUUCAAUAAUUUCGUUUCAUCUGAACCUGUGUUCCCUACCAAGCCUUCCAGAGAACCAUUUCAGGAGAAAUCUACUCCAGACACUGAAGAUAUCACUGCUGACCACCAAAGUUUCACAGUGCCUUUCAGUGCUCUGAGUAGCACUAGUAGUCCUCCAAAACCAGAGGAUUCCUAUUUGCCUCCUCCAGCAGAUGAUUCUGCUAGCAGUGACUUUAUCACCGAUGGCUAUGAGUCUCCAGUGGAGCAGGCUACCACACUGGCAGUUUAUACCACAAGUAGCUUUAUCCCACCUAGUCUCCUGCAAGAGAAAACCGAAGCUGAAGAUAUAACAGGACCACCUUUCAAGGAAGUUGACCAAGAUAGUCUGUCUGGACAAGCAGUUAAGACCAUGGAUGAACCAGAAUCAUCAGGCGAUGACAUUUUAGUGCCAGCCAGCACUUACAAAACUUUGCCUUUCUUUAUCGGUUCAAGUGAUCUCUCUACCACGCAGCCUGAAGAUGUUAUUACAGCUGUGCUACCAUCAGACCAAACAGCACUGCUGCCUUCAGCAACCAGCCCAUCCUACAGCCUCUCAGAGAUCAUCGAACAGUCCCUUGAGGUACCAGACUCCACAGUGCCCGGGACAGGAGUGCAGGAUAUUGCUGUCAAGCUAGAUCACAUAGGCGUGAUGAGCACAGCCACACUGGAUGAAGUGGAGCAUGGUAGCGGUUACAUCCCAGUGCUGACAACUGAGCCUGCAGAAGCCACCCCAGCUCCUACGCUGAAGUAUGUAACUACCAGCUCCAUGACAACCGCAGCCAAAGGCAAAGAGCUGGUGGUUUUCUUCAGCCUGAGGGUAACCAACAUGCACUUUUCUGAUGACCUCUUCAAUAGGAGCUCGACAGAAUACAAAGCGCUAGAACAACAGUUCAUGCAAUUGCUACUUCCAUACCUUCAGUCCAACCUCACAGGUUUUAAGCAAUUGGAAAUACUUAACUUCAGGAAUGGAAGUGUCAUUGUGAAUAGUAAAAUGAAAUUUGCCAGGACAGUGCCAUACAAUAUCACAGAAGCAGUACACUGCGUUUUGGAAGAUUUCUGCGAUGCUGCAGCCCAGCGCCUCAAUUUGGAGAUUGACAGCUAUUCCCUGGAUAUUGAGCCAGCUGAUCAGGCAGACCCAUGCAAAUUCAUGGCAUGUGACAAGUUUUCCGAAUGCACAAUGAACGAGUGGACAAAAGAGGCCGACUGCCUCUGUAAACCUGGUUAUGCAAGCCAAGACGGAUUACCCUGCCGGAGCCUUUGUGAGCUGGAACCGCAUCUUUGCAUCAAUGGGGGGAAAUGUGAGUUAGUUCCAGGAAGAGGAGCUGUCUGCAGAUGCCCUGUACAUAGACACGAGCUUUACCAAGGACAGCGCUGUGCAAAAUUUGCUCCAGAACCCACACAACCCUUCAUUUUUAAACCUCUCCUUCUUGGCUUACUAAGCCUCAUUUUUCUUUUCAUCAUUUUCAUUAUUAAGUUAAGAAGAAAAAGCAAAAGAAACUCUAAUUUGCAAAGUCCUACUCUCAACAGCUGCAGUUCAGAAAAUGCUGUAAGGAUUAAUCCUGCUUUUGAGCACGAUGAACCCAUAACUAGCUUUUGUCACACGGCUUGCAGCGUAAGUGCUUGUCUCAGUUCCUCAGAGAUCAUUGAUCACGAAGCAUUACAUGAACUCGAACACACAAUUCAGCCUGAAGGUCACCAGACGAGUUUACAAAGCCAGGACUGA